AGCUGCUGGUCAAGUCAGGGAGCCGAGGAGUCACGAUCUACGAUUCUCUGCCGCUGGAGGUCCCGCAGAAACGAGACACUCACGAGCAGAAAGUUUUCUCUGCCUUCUCCGACUCGCUGACGGUAUAAAACCCGAGGAUCCACUUCAGCUUCCCACGCCUCCUCAUACAUCAUGGCCAUCGUCCUCCACUCCAGUCCGAUCCUGUGGACGCGGUUGGCCGCCCUGAUCUUCUCCUGCGUGGCCUUCUCCUUGGCCGUGCACGGGGCCAGAAUCCACCACGGCACCGGAGACUGGUGCAUCUUCUGCUGGGCCUUCAGUUUCGCCGGCAGCCUGGUGGUCCUCCUGGUAGAGCUCUUCGGCCUCCAGGCCAGAGCCCCCGUUUCCUGGAAGAACUUCCCGAUCACCUUCGCCUGCUACGCCGCCCUGCUCUGCCUGUCCGCCUCCAUCAUCUUCCCCCUCUACUUCCUCAAGGGCUCCUCGGGCCACGGCGAAGUCGGCACCUACCGCAUCGUCGCCACCGUCUUCUCCUGCCUGGCCACCAUCGCCUACAUCGCCGAGGUGAGCAUCAGCAAGGCGCGUCCCGGCGAGGUGGCCGGCUACAUGGCCACGGCGCCCGGGCUGCUGAAGGUCUGCGAGACCUUCGUGGCCUGCAUCAUCUUCGUCUUCGUCAGCGACCCCGUGGUGUACGACCGGAACCACGCGCUCAAGUACUGCAUGUCCGUCUACUGCAUCUGCUUCAUCCUGUCGGCGGCCGUCAUCCUGCUGUGCGUCGGCGAGUGCACCGGCCGCCUGCCCUUCCCCUUCGCCCGCUUCCUCUCCGGCUACGCCCUGCUGGCCGUGGUCCUCUACAUGUCGGCGACCAUCGUCUGGCCCAUCUUCAACUUUGACCCCAAGAACGGCGGGUCGAAAGACAGGCCCCACUUCUGCAACACCGAGCUGGGGCUGUGCGAUUGGGAUAAGCUCAUGGCGGUGGCCGUGCUCACGGGGGUCAACCUCGUCCUCUACCUGGCCGACCUGAUCUACUCCACCCGCCUGGUGUUCGUGAGCGCCUGAGGGACGAGACAGAGGCGUUUAGGCCGAGCAGUACGCAUGCAAAUGAAAUUUAAUUUGGCAGGUUCUCAAAAGGCUGCCGAGUCACUGCGGUCUUGUUUAACGGAGCUCGUGGGUCAUUGAAGGGAGCGGCCUGUGCCGAAAUACCACAACGGGUUUAGUUUAUCGAGGGCGACUUAGACAUUUGAAUAUUUAAGGAUGAGAUUUUUAGCAUAUUGGUAAAAAAUAGUAGAAGUAGAAGGGGCCCAACGUCCUCGUGUAAUGGUAGACUCUGGCUGUAUUGGAUAUAAUGUAAUAUAGACAGUGAACUUAUCUUUUUUAAAGUCAACCCAAUGUGUUGUGGGUUAUUUCGUCCCCCUGUUGCCUUUGCAAACCUGCCGAAUUUGAUUUAGUUUUAAAGUGUGCUGCUUCGGAACGCAGAGGGAGAGAAGAGGGAGGGGUGGAGGUCGAUGGCCAUGUUUACACGUACAACAAUAUUCCCUGAAAUUACUGAGGCUCUCUGUUCAUGUGUUGAAGCAUUAUCAAUGUCACGUGACCUGGGUUGACUUUAAUCUUGAUUAUGAGAGACCUGAAUGUGAUUGCUGGAUCUUUUUUUUCUUUCUUGAUUAACGGGCAGAUCAUUUGCCCAAUGUAAAAUACAAAUACAAUAUGUUUAGGAUCUGGAUAUGAGUAAGCUAGAUGAAGAAUCGUCAUGCCAAGACUUUAAAAAACGAUACAAGCGAACAUACAAAAUACUAUCUGCAUGUAAACAUAGUCCGGCUUAUUAUUGUGUUUUUGUUACAUUUCCUUUUGUUUUGCAUCUUGUGUGUCAGUUCGAUGCUUUGAGCUUAUGUUCCAAUUUUUUAUGACUGUCAGUAUUUCUGUUUUUAAUCACUAGAGGAAAAAAUUUAGAAAACAACAAGCUGUUAAGAGCGAGAAUAAGUUAAUUGUCGGAGAAAAUAUUUGAAUGCCAUACAAAUGGAAAUCCAAGAUUUAUUAAGAAAGUUUUGUUUUGAUUUUUGAUAAUUUUUAAUUAAUGCAACAUUGACUGGUUUGUAUUCCCAGCAGUCUGCAGAGCAGCUGGUCAGAUUGUAUUCUUCAUGCCAUUUUCUUGUUAAGUCACAUUUAAAGAAGAGUAAAAAAUAGUGUUCAUGUUGUUCAGAUGAUUGCUAUAGGCUAGCUUUUAGCUCCCAUUAUGAUAUCUGUGUAUCUGUAUCUGCAAGCUACAAUCAAUGCCAAGUAUAUAUAUGUGGAGAAAAUUAUGUUUAAAGUGCACUUAAUAUAAGUAUUAUGUGUUUAAAGUCUGGGGUCUCCAAAUAUCACAUUUUCAACUCCCGCCACUAAAUGGACACCUGUUGUUCAGUUUGGUCGGUAGGCUUUGUUCUGCUGAUGCAGAGGUGCUUCUCUCUCUCUCUCUCUAGAGAGUGUUAGUGUCAUAUUCUUCAGCUUUUUUUAAUAUUCCACUGUUCAUGUUUCAACUGUGCAUACCAAAUCAGUGUUGUUGGAAAAUAAUCCAGUGUGUCAAUAAAAUGUUAAACAGA